AUGAUCCUGAUCCAAGAAGCUUCAAGUGGCUCUACUUCAGGUCCUAUCACCUCCACAGCUGCAAGUACAAGCACCACAGCCCGACCGAGCCCCAGCUUCACUAGUUCUGGAGUCACCACAGGGACAACUGGAGAGUCUCCAGCUGUAACCACAGCAGCUGGCAAUGGAAGUACAAGUGAGACGGCCUUCACAACAGGAGGAGCAGGAAGCCCAACUGCAUCAACACCUAGUGGGAAGGAGGGUAGCACUCCUGGGGAACAUAGCACUGGAUCUAUAAGCCCAGGAAACUCAGCAACAAGUGGAAGAACAGAUAUGUCCACCACUGUUUCUGCUGGUGACAUCACAUCUGGAAGAACAGGGACCACAGGCUCUAUCACUACCAGUCCUUCAGCCUCAGCUACCGGAGCUUCAACCUCUGCAAGCUUAACCUCAGAAGGGCCCAAAUCAACAAGUAGAGAAGCAGAUACAUCUACUACCAUCUCUGUUGGUGAAAACACUUCUGGAAGAACAGGAACAUCUGGGACAUCAUCUGGAGUAACCCCUGAAGCCCAAGGUGGCAGCACUCCUAGAGAAGCAGGCACUGGAUCCACAAGUUCAGGGACCACAGGAAUGCCUGUAGCCUCUACCACUGCCAGCCCUAGAGACUCAGGAACUAGUGGACCAUCAGUUGGUGAAACAACUAGAGCCCCAAACACGGAAGUGACAUCACCUAAUGGGCACUCAGACACUGCUGGAACUUCAGUUCCAAUCUCUUCCACAGCUGGAAGUGCAGGCACCACAACAAAACUGAGCCCCGGCUUCACUAGUACUGGGGUCACAGCAGGUACAACAGGAAAGUCCCUGGGAGUCACCUCAGAAGCAGUCAGGGCCAGUACAUCUGGACCAUCAGGCACUGGGGCCACCAGUGCUGGAAGCCCAGCAGGUACAUCUGGGACAUCAGCUGGAACAACCCCUGAAGCUCGAGGUAGCAGUACCCCUGGAGGAGCAGGCACUGGAGCCACAGAGACCUCAGGAGUGUCUCCAGGCUCCACCACUGCCAGCCCUAGGGACUCAGCUACACCUUCUUCAACCUCUGGUAGCAGCAAGUCAGGCACUACUGGAUCAUCAGUUGGCACAACAACCAGAGCCCAAAGCAAUGCAGUGACAUCACCUGGGAAAUCAGGCUCUACUGGUACUUCAGUCCAUAUUACCUCCUCAGCUGGAAGUGCAGGCACCACAGCAGCACUGAGCCCCAGCUUCACCAGCCCUGGGGACACAUCAGGAACACGAAGCCCUAGUGCAACAACAUCUGGGAAGGAAGAGAGUAGCACAUCUGGGGAACCCAGCACUGGAGCUACAAGCACAGGAAGUUCAGCAACAAGAGGAGGAACUGACACAGCUACCACUGUCUCUUCUGCGGAAAACACAUCUGGAAGAACAGUAACAGACACACUUGGGUCAUCGUCUGGAACAACCCCUGAAGCUCGAGGUAGCAGCACCCCUGGAGGAGAAAGCCCUGGAUCCACAGUUUCAGGAACCACAGGAGUGUCCACCACUGCCAGCCCUGGGGACUCGGCUAGACCUUUCUCAACCUCUGCUAGCAGCACAUCGGGCUCUACUGGAACAUCAGUUCUCAUCACCUCCACAGCUGGAAGUGCAGGCACCACAGCCCCACUGAGCCCCAGCGUCACCAGUCCUGCAGACACGUCAGGUACAACAGGAGAGUCCUUGAGAUCAACCUCAGGAGCAGGCAGCGCAAGUACACCUGCACCUUCAGGCACUGGGGCCACCAGCACUGGAAGUCCAGCAGCAACAAGAGGAGCAACUGACAGAGCCACCACUGUCUCUGCUGGUGACAACACAUCUGGAAGGACAGACACACCUGCGACAUCAUCAGGAGCUACCCCUGAAGCUAGAGAUGGCAGCACCCCUGAAGGAGCAGCCACUGGAACCACUGUUUCAGGGACCACAGGGGUGUCUGCAGGCUCCACCAUUGCCAGCUCUGGAGACUCUGCUAGACCUUCCUCCACCUCUGCUAGCAGUAAAUCAGUAGGAACAGGAGGCCCAAGUGCAACAACCCCCAGUGGGGAGGAGGGUAGCACACCCAGGGAACCCAGCACUGGAGCUACCAGCCAAGAGAACUCGGGUACAACAGGAGAGUCCUUGAGAUCAACCUCAGGAGCAGGCAGUGCAAGUACACCUGCACCUUCAGGCACUGGGGCCACCAGCACUGGAAGUCCAGCAACAACAAGAGGAGCAACUGACACAGCCACCACUGUCUCUGCUGGUGAAAACACACCUGGAAGGACAGGCACACCUGCGGCAUCAUCGGGAGCUACCCCUGGAGGAGCAGCCACUGGAACCAUUGUUUCAGGGACCACAGGAGUGUCUGCAGGCUCCACCACUUCCAGCUCUGGAGACUCUGCUAGACCUUCCUCCACCUCUGCUAGCAGUAAACCAGUAGGAACAGGAGGCCCAAGUGGAACAACCCCCAGUGUGGAGAAGGGCAGCACACCCAGGGAACCCAGCACUGGAGCUACCAGCCAAGAGAACUCAGGUACAACAGGAGAGUCCUUGAGAUCAACCUCAGGAGCAGGCAGUGCAAGUACACCUGCACCUUCAGGCACUGGGGCCACCAGCACUGGAAGCCCAGCAGCAACAAGAGGAGCAACUGACACAGCCACCACUGUCUCUGCUGGUGACAACACAUCUGGAAGGACAGGCACACCUGCGACAUCAUCGGGAACUACCCCUGAAGCUAGAGAUGGCAGCACCCCUGAAGGAGCAGCCCCUGGAACCAGUGUUUCAGGGACCACAGGAGUGUCUGCAGGCUCCACUACUGCCAGCUCUGGAGACUCUGCUAGACCUUCCUCCACCUCUGCUAGCAGUAAACCAGUAGGAACAGGAGGCCCAAGUACAACCACACCCAGUGGGAAGGAGGGCAGCACACCCAGGGGACCCAGCACUGGAGCUACCAGCCCAGGGAACUCGGGUACAACAGGAGAGUCCUUGAGAUCAACCUCAGGAGCAGGCAGUGCAAGUACACCUGCACCUUCAGGCACUGGGGCCACCAGCACUGGAAGUCCAGCAGCAACAAGAGGAGCAACUGACACAGCCACCACUGUCUCUGCUGGUGACAACACAUCUGGAAGGACAGGCACGAAUGCAGCAUCAUCUGGAACUACCCCUGAAGCUAGAGGAGACAGCACCCCUGGGGAAGCAGGCACUGGAGCCACAGGUUCAGGAACACGAAGCCCUAGUGCAACAACACCUGGGAGGAAAGAGGGUAGCCCAUCUGGGGAACCCAGCACUGGAGCUACAAGCACAGGAAGUUCAGGUACAACAGGAGAGUCCCUGGGUGUGACCUCAGGAGGGGUCAGCAGUACCACAAGUCAACCAUCUGGCACUGGGGUCACAGGCGCUGGAAGCCCAGCAGCAACAAGAGGAGCAACUGAUGCAGCUACCAUUGUCUCUUCUGGUGAAAAUACAUCUGGAAGAACAGGUGUGUCUGCAGCUGCAUCCACCACUGCCAGCCCUGGGGACUCAGCUAGACCUUUCUCAACCUCUGCUAGCAGCACAUCAGGCAUUACUGGAUCAUCAGUUGUCACAACAACCAGAGCCCGAAGUAAUGCAGUGACAUCACCUGAAGGCAACUCAGGUGCUACUGGAACGUCAGUUCUCCUCACCUCCACAGCUGGAAGUGCAGGUACCACAGUCCAACUGAACCCCAGCUUCACCAGUCCUGGGGACACAUCAGAAACAGGAGGCCCAAGAACAACAACACCCAGUAGGGAGGAGGUCAGCACACCCAGGGAACCCAGCACUGGAGCUACAAGCACAGGAAGUUCAGGUACAACAGGAGAGGCCCUGGAAGUGACCUCGGGAGUAGUGAGGGCCAGCACAUCUGGACCACCAGGCACUGGGGCCACCAGUGCUGGAAGCCCAGCAGCAACAAGUAGAAGAACAGAAACAUCUGCCACCGUCUCUGCUGGUGAGAACACAUCUGCAGGCACAGGCACACCUGGAGCAUCAUCUGGAACAACCCCGGAAGCCCAAGGAGGUAGCACCCCUGAAGAAUCAAGCACUAGAGCCACAGGUUCAGGAACCACAGGGGUGUCUUCAGCUUCAUCCACUACUGCCAGCCCUGGAGACUCAGCUACACCUUUCUCAACCUCUGCUAGCAGCAAAUCAGGUACAACAGGAGAAUCCUUGGGAGUGACAUCAGGAGCAGGCAGUGUGAGCACACCUGGACCAUCAGGUACUGUGGCCACCAGAGCUGGAAGUCCAGCAGCAACGACCACUGCCUCUGCUGUUGAGAACACUUCUGGAAGAACAGGCACCCCUGGAGCAUCAUCUGGAGCAACCCCAGAAGCUCAAGGUGGCAGUACCCCUAAUCAAGCAGGCACUGGAGCCACAGGUUCAGUCUUGUUUCCAGGGACCACGGGAGUGUCUGCAGGCUCCACCACUGCCAGUCAUGAGGACUCGGCUAGACCUUUCUCAACCUCUGCUAGCAGCAAAUCAGGCACUACUGGACCAUCAGUUGGUACAACAACCAGAGCCCGAAGCAAUGAAGAGACUUCACCUGAAGUACACUCAGGUACUACUGGAACUUCAGUUCCCAUCACCUCCACAGUUGGAAGUACAAAAACCACACCCCAGCUGAGCACCAGCUUUACCAGUCCUGGGGAUACAUCAGGCACUCCUGGAGCAUCAUCUGGAGCAACCCCUGAAGCUCAAGGUGAUAGCACACGUGGAGAGGCAGGGACUGCAACCACUGGUUCAGGUACCACUGAACCACCAAUUGACACAACAACCAGAGCUUCAAACAAUGAAGUGACAUCACCUGAAGGGAAUUCAGGCUCUACUGGAACUUCAGGUCCCAUCACCUCCACAGCUAAAAGUGCAGGCACCACAGGAGGACUGAGCCCCAGCAUUACCAGUCCUGGUGGUACAUCAGGAGGCACGAGAAGCCCAAGUACACCAACACCUAUUGGGGAGGAGGGCACCACAGCUAGCAAACCCAGCACUGGAGCUACAAGCACAGGAACUUCAGGUACAACCGGAGAGUCUCUGGUAACAACCUCAAAAGCAGGCAGGGGCAACCCAACUGGACAAUCCAGCACUGGGGCCACCAGCACUGGAAGCCCAACAGGUACCACUGAACCAUCAGUUGACACAACAACCAGAGCCUCAAAUAAUGAAGUGACAUCACCUGAAGGGAAUUCAGGCACCCCUGGAGCUCAAGGUGGCAGCACACCUGGAGAGGCAGAGACUGCAUCCACUGGUUCAGGAGGCACGAGAAGCCCUAGUACAACACCACCUAUUGGGGAGGAGGGCACCACAGCCAGCAAACCCAGCACUGGAGCUACAAGCCCAGGAACUUCAGGUACAACAGGAGGGUCUCUGGUAACAACCUCAGGAGCAGGCAGGGUCAAUCCAACUGGACAAUCCAGCACUGGGGCCACCAGCCCUGGAAGCCCAACAGCAACAGGAGGAGGAGCUGAUGCAACCACCACUGUCUCUGCUGGUGAGAACACAUCUGGAACCACAGGCACCCCUGGAGCAUCAUCUGGAGCAACCCCUGAAGCUCAAGGUGGUAGCACACCUAGAGAGGCAGGGACUGCAACCACUGGUUCAGGAGUUUCUGAAGGCCCCACUAGUACUAGCCAUGGACACUCAGCUAGAAAAGUCACAACUUCUGCUAGCAGCAAAUCAGGUACCAUUGAACCAUCAGUUGACACAACAACCAGAGCCUCAAAGAAUGAAGCGACAUCACCUGAAGGGCAUUCAGCUUCUACUGGUACUUCAGUUUCCAUCACCUCCACAGCUAGAACUACAGGCACCACACCAGGACUGAGCUCCAGUUUCACCAGUCUUGGGGUCACAUCAGGUACUACUGGACCUUCAGUGGAUAAAACAACCAGAACCCCCAGCAGUGAAGUGACAUCACCUGAAGGGCACUCAGGCUCUACUGGAACUUCAGUUCCCAUCACCUCCACAGCUGGAAGUGCAGGAACCACAGCCCAAUCGAGCCCCAGCUUUACCAGUCCUGGGGACACAUCAGAGACAGCUGGAGUGUCACCAGGUGGGACUGCCACAACUAACAAUGGGAAUACAAGUGAGGCAGCCUUCCGAGAUGUUGGAACAGGAGGCCCUACUGCACCAACACCUAGCAAAGAGGAGGGCAGCACAUCCAGAGAACCCAGCACUGGAUCAACGAGCCCAGGAAGUUCAAGUACAAUAGGACUGUCCCUGGGAACAACCUCAGAAGCAGUCAGAGGCAGCACACCUGGACCAUCAGGCACAGGGGCCACCAGUGCUGGAAGCCCCGCAACAACGAGAGGAGGAACUGACACAGCCACCACUGUCUCUGCUGGUGAAAACACAUCUGGAAGGACAGCAACGAGAGGAGGAACUGACACAGCCACCACUGUCUCUGCUGGUGAAAACACAUCUGGAAGGACAGGGACAACAAGAGUAUCUGCAGGCUCCAUUACUUCUGGCCAUGGGACCUCAGUUGGACCAGUCACAACAACUGCUAGCAGCAAAUUAGGAUUGGUCAGAAGUAGCCCAUCAGUCACAGCAUCUAGGCAAACAGUACAGUCUGUUGGAGUGACAGAGACAUCUGGUCCAUUAGGGACAAUUUCACCAUCUGCUGGAGUUACAGAAAGGAUCACGCUCUCACCUGGAGUGACAGAGCUAACUGGUGCAUCAUCUGAAGGAACAGGGACAACUGCAUCAUCAGCUGGUACCACCUAUGAGGCAGGAAGAACUACAAGAGAACCAGAAAGCACAACUAAAGAGCCAUAUGGAUCCACCACUGGAGCAGAAAGCAGAACCACAGGAACCACACCUGGAAAAUCAGGUACAACUGGAGUGUUGGCUACAGCUUCUACAGGUGUGAGGGGCAGAAGCACUCCUUUCACAUCAGGAACUAAGAAUAAGCCUGAUAAUACACCAGGUGUUACUGGCACAACUCUUGCCCCUGGAAGUUUGAUCACAGGAGCCACAACUGGCAUAGGGACCACUAGAACAGAACUGCCAGGAGAUACCACCAUUGUGUUUCCUGAAGUCAAAAGUACUUCGGAAGCUUCCAACACAGAGGCCACAACCUCCACAGAAAGUAUUGGCACCACCAGAGCUGGAUUCAAAACAGCCACAACUGGGGUGGUGCCUGGCACAACUGUUGCCCCUGGCAGUUCCAGGACAGAAGCCACAACUUCUCUAGGAAGAACCGGAGCAACAAGGGGGGGAACAGCCAUAGCUACUACCAGUGUAAUCUCUGGAAAGACUCUGGAACCUGGGAAUCACAACACAGAGGCCACAAGUUCCACAGGAGGAGGUGAGACCAGCCAAUCUGAAGGACCAAGAGGCACCUCAGUCACAUCAGGGAAACCUGGGACUGGAAGUGAAACAGAGGCAAUAACUUCAACAGAAAGCAGCAGUACUUCUGAAAAUGGAUCCAGAGCAGCCACCACUGGGAUAACCCCUGUUACAACUGUAGCCCCUAGCAGUUCCAACACAGAAGCUACAACUUCUGUAGGAGAAGGUGAAACACCAAGAGAGGAACUAAUCACAGUCACUACAAAAGGAAUCUCUGGCAAAACUCUGGAACCUGGAAGUGCCAGCACAGAGGCCACAACUUUCGCAGGAGACCACAGGACCACUCGAGCAGGUCUGUCUGAGUCUACAACAUCUACAGAAGAGACUGGAACUAGUUUCAAAACCGGAGCCACCACCAAAGCACCAGGAAGUAAGACAGGCACUGCUGUAGUAACCUCUGCUACAACAGUUGCUCAUGAGAGCUCCAACUCUGAGGCCACAACUAUCUUAGGAAUUAGUGAAGCAAUAACAGUCCCAGGUACCAGUGGUGUAGUCUCUGACACAACUGUUGCACCUGAGACUUCCAUUACAGGCACUACUGGUGUGACCCUACGCACAUCUGUUGCACCUGGAAGUUCUAGUACAGCUGUCACCACAGUAUCACCUGAAGGAACUACAGUCUCAAAGAGUACUAUUUCAGGAGCUACCAAAGAGACAGUAAACCAAGGAACUGGAAGCACAGUAGAACCCAUGAAGACAGCUUCUGGCACCACACUGGCACCAGGGAGUUCAAAUACAGUUACAACAUCCUCAGGAGUCAGUAAAACCACAGGAAUUGGAAAGAAUACAGAUACUACUGGAGCGGUUCCUGGCAGCAACACCUCACCUGGAAAUUCCAACACAGGAGCUACCACUGGCAGCUCUGAAAGUGAAACAGGUACCACCGAAGUGGUCUCUGGCACAACAAUUCCAUCUGAAAGUUCCAACACAGUUACCACUGGGAUAACUACUGGUACAACCAUUGCUCCCAGGAGUUCCAACACACGGGCUACCACUUCUACAGAAGUCAUCCCUACCACUGGAGUAAAAUUGGAAACUGGUACUACUUCAGGUUCAACUACAGUUUCUAGGCACCCAGAAAAUUCCAGUCCUGGAGUUUCUACAGAAGCACCAGAGAAGCAAGUCACAGGAAGUAACACAGGUACCCCCAAGGAAUCAUCUGAAACAACUACUGCUGGAAUUACUACCACAGCAGCCACUGCUUCCACGGGAGUCAAGGAAACUUCAAGCACUGCAGUGCAAACAGGUUCCACUUCAGUUACAGCUGGAGUCACAACAGGCCCACAAGUAUCUCAGCCAGAAACCACUGUAGUAGCAACAGAGAAUCAAGAAAUCGAAAAUAAAACAGGAUGCCCAGCAACACUUCCACCAGCUCCAGUGUGUCAUGGUCCACUGGGAGAAGAGAAAUCUCCUGGAGACACAUGGACUUCUAAUUGCCACAAAUGUACCUGUACUGAUGCAAAGACUGUAGACUGUAAACCUCAGGAGUGCCCUUCUCCACCUGUAUGCAGAACCGGAGAGAAGCUUGUAACGUUUAAUGAUACCUGCUGUGAAAUUGGACACUGUGAACCCCAAACGUGUUUAUUUAACAAUACGGAUUAUGAGAUCGGUACCUCAUUUGAUGACCCCAGCAACCCCUGUGUCUCCUACUCCUGCAACAGUACUGGCUUUGUUGCGGUGGUCCAAGACUGCCCCAAGCAGAGCUGGUGUGCAGAAGAAGACAGAAUCUAUGACUCAAGAAAAUGUUGCUAUACAUGUAAGGAUAAUUGCAGAACUUCUCCUGUGAACGUGACUGUUAAGUACAAUGGUUGCAGGAAAAGAAUCCAGAUGGCAAAAUGUAUGGGUGAAUGCAAAAGGACUCUCAAGUACAAUUAUAACCUUUUUCAGUUGGAAAAUUCAUGCCACUGCUGCCGAGAAGACAACUAUGAGUUCAGAGACGUUGCUCUCGACUGUCCUGAUGGAAGCACACUAUCUUACAGAUACAGGCACACCACUACCUGCUCUUGUUUAGAUAUGUGUGAACAGGCUAAGACUGCUUCAGCUCAAUCAAUGGCCAGAUAAUUAUGACAGUUGUAAGAGGCUAUUUAUUUUCUAAGAACUCUCAUCUUUUUCUUAUUGACUGGGUCUGAAGAAUAAAUAUAACUUUGCAAGCAA